AUGCAAUUGAAGACCACGCAACGGCUCGAGCUGCCGCCUACGGCGGACAUGCAUGUGCAUCUGCGACAGGCCGAGCUCAUGGAGCUCGUGGCUCCUACUGUCCGACAGGGAGGAGUUGACACCGUCUUUGUCAUGCCGAACCUUGUUCCCCCCAUUACAACUGUCGAAAGAGCAUUAGAAUACAAGGCUCAGCUGCAAAAGAUCGAUCCAAAUGUUCACUAUCUUAUGUCUCUAUUCCUCCAUCCUUCUGUCACCCCCGAUGUGAUUGCCAAGGCCGCCGCCGCCGGUAUCACCGGUGUCAAGAUGUAUCCCCAGGGUGUCACUACCAACUCUGAAAAUGGCGUUGCCAAUGUUGAGGCCUUCUACCCUACAUUUGCUGCCAUGGAAGAGAACGAUAUGGUGCUGAACCUCCAUGGUGAGGUCUUGGAGUCUCUUGCUCCUGAAAAUACAACUCUCGAGGAAGCGUUCCUACCGACCCUCAAGAAGCUUCAUGAACGCUUUCCCCGUCUUCGAAUUGUCCUUGAACACUGCACCACUUCUGCAGCUGUUGAAGCAGUCAAGGCCUGCGGCCCCACCGUUGGCGCAACGAUUACGGCGCAUCACCUUUAUCUGACCGGAGCGGAUGCUUGCUGCGACCCGUUUGCCUUCUGCAAGCCUAUUCCCAAAAAGCCUACUGACAGAGAUGCCCUUCUAAAGGCUCUGGUCAGUGGUAAUCCCAAAUUCUUCUUUGGAAGUGAUAGCGCACCUCAUCAGAUCAUCUCCAAAACUUCCGCUGAGCAAGGCAAAGCUCCCGCGGGAGUGUUCACUCAACCAGUUGCGACUCAGCUCGUACUGAUGGCCUUGGAAGAAGGCGUUGUGCGUGGUGAUAUUAGUGAAAAUGACAUCACACAGGAGAAGUUGGAAGGGUUCCUCAGCCGGCAUGGACGACGCUUCUACAAGCUUCCUGAGACGUCCGACAAGAAGAUCAUAUUGGAGAGAAAGGGAGAGAAAAUUGGUACGAGUGUGAAGAGUGCAGAUGGAAAAUUUGAAGUCGGAAUUUCUCGAGCGGGCACUGAGAUUUUCUCAUUGGCUUGGGAAUCCGUCUAA